ACAUAGUAGGCAGCUCCUGGUAGAAGCUUCAGUCACAUUCUCGAGGGGCCGUGCUGUAAAUACCGUGUGCACUGUGCUGCCAAAGCAUCGGUGGAAAACGCGGCAUAUCAUUAACACAUAAGAUAUUUCGACAUGUCGGAAAUUCCCAGCCUACCCACCAAUGAGCUUGAGCGGCCAAUUCCAAGGGAACCCAAUCCGCCAGGUCGAGCAGCUCGGAUCCAGACCCAGAACCGUCGUCACGAAUAUCUCGCACGAAACAUAACAUACUUUGACAGCGUUGAACACGAGCUCGCUGAUCCUGUCUUGUACGAACGUCUUGUGAAGAGGUUUCAAACACCGGCAGAACGAGAAGCAGAAGGCAAAGCCAAGGGCUACGGUCGGACGUUGGAAGCGGCUUUGGAGCGAGGGGAAUCCAAAGUCUCUGGUUUACCCACAUCCAAUGGAGCGAGUGAGCCGGGGGCCAACGGGACAAAUACGACGGACGCCACCCUUGACAAUUCCUGGACGCACCCGGCAACGAACAGAGAGCAUGGCCAACAGCUCUGGCGCGACUUCCUCGAGAACCGGUUUGUCCAUGGCCAUGACGAAGAGUUUGACUACAGCAUUGUUGACAACAAUGAUGAAUUUGACUCUAUGGUUAGGAAAGAUGCCGAAGACGCCUGGUAUGACGACGAGGAGCCUAGUUGGAUCGAAGACGGUGCGGCAUCCGAUGUGGGAAACAAUGCGGAAAAGAGGGACGGAGAGACUGGCGUUCAGGAUUACUAAACAUUUUCCAUCAACAUCUAUUCUAUCCUGCCUGGUUUGACUCUGAAUCUCAUGCAGGGCCUGGGCGUGAGUUGCACCUGGCUGCGCGAUUGCGGCGCGGCCCGCCCCAGAAUGCAUCAUGCGAAUGAGUUUAUUUUGCAGCAAACCAUAUCUUGAGAAGCUGGCGCCCUUAUCUCACGAGUUUCCCGUCAAUUCUUGAUCUCGGCCUGGGUGGUUCUUGCGUUGGAAUAUUACGUCGAGUACUGUGGCUCAUCGACGGCUGGGUCGGGCACCAACCCUGGUGGCUCUCCCGCUCAUUGCCAUCGGAUCACUCAACCGGAGA